AUGCCUCACGAGCCGGUCGAGGCAUUCCCACCCUUACCGACGACAUUCAUUCUCGACGGCGGCACGACGUGCGGCGAUGCUGGUCUAGAUGUCUCCAAACCCGACAUCAAACUGUCGCACAUUCCUCUCCCUCCGCGACCCAGUGUCUCCGCGAGCGCGCCCCCUACUUCCACUCUCCCUACCAUACCCGGCGGUCACUCCGACGAAGACCAGUCUUCCGAUGCCUCCUCAACUCACAGCAAGCCCGAAAAACAGGAUUCCUCCAAUUCGUCAUUCACUUCCGGGGCUGUCACCGACCCCGAGAAGCACGAGGCCGCGCACAAGGAGGACGUGACAUCAAAGAUGAGGGUUCGGUCCGGAUCGAAUUCCGCAUCCGUGAAGAAAAACCAGAGCCAUGAUAACAUUAGGAGGCUAUCUGUCGCAGGGAUGCAGCAGCUCACCGCUCCCGAGGCUCUCCCUGUGGCCAUUGUUCCCGAACAGGCCUCUGGCGAACAAGAACAGCGACCGCGUCCGCCCAUCACAGACCAGCUCCAAGAGAUUCGGCAGUCGAUCCUCAGCCAACCGGCCUCCCUGCGACCCAACGGUUCCGUGACGGACGGUGGGAACAGAGCCCGGUAUAGGGAUGAGCCUCGGAGACCUGUUUCCGGCAGAACCCUCUCGACACCCCCAACAACCCGCCGGCAGUCGCAGUCGCAGACUACCUCGCCCCGCCGGAAUUCCUUCUACACCGUUGCUCGGCCACCGCCACUCAAUCUCGAUGGAACGAGCCAUAUCAACGCCGUCAACCUCCAGCCGCCGAUCCAGACCAUACCGCCCCAGGUCCACGUACCGCCGCCGGCCAAGUCGCACAGAAAUGAACCCAUCCCACCCUCACCUCUCCCUCCGUCGAUACCCCUCCCGCCCAUGUCUAUACCAACCCAUCUCCAGCUAGAACUGGCCGCCCAACGACCGAGUCCCCUGUACAUACAUCAUUCGCAUACGAACGAUAUUCCAUACGAGUCUUACGUUGUCAAGUGGGAGAGGCUGAAGAAUGUUCUCUUGCUCCCGUCCUUCCUUGAGAGGACCCUCUACUUCGGCGCGCUGGCCUGUCUCGAUGCCUGGCUAUACAACUUCACCAUUCUACCAAUGCGAUUCUGCAUCGCCCUUGGAGUCCUGUUCAAAUGGUGGGGGUACAUGGCGGUGAAGGAGGCGCAGUGGAUGAUUGGCUUUGUUUGGUACGGGAUAGGCAGGCUCUGGGCCAGGGCUCGCCGACCGAGAGCGAAGACUGCCUCUUCUGUACAGCAGGAAGACACCGAUUCCCAUGCCAGUCGCGACAGGAGUCAAAGCAGACCGGCCGAGCGGAAACUGUCCAUUCCCACACCGGACAUCAGAUCGCCGCCCGGCGGCACCCCGACCAUUCGUCCCGACUCCGAUUCCAAGGUGAGCGGCAGUAGGGUUGUCGAACAGGAGGUCAGGCUAAACGGUAAUGGGCACAUCACUCAUAAGAUGAAUGGAGUCGCUGGCCACCAUCCCUCGCAUGGCUAUAGUUACAGGAUGCAUCGGCACCGUAGGACCAAGUCGAUACCGUCCAACCUGUCUUCUUUCCACAAGGCGGACCUGCUGCAGGGUGCUGUUAUCCUCUUCAGCUCCUUGUUCCUGAUGAAACUUGACGCCAGCCGCAUGUACCACUUCAUCCGCGCUCAGGAUGGCAUCAAACUUUAUGUCAUCUAUAACGUCCUCGAGGUUGGUGACCGUCUCUUGUCGGCUCUUGGGCAAGACAUCUUCGAGUGCCUCUUCAGCUCCGAGACUCUAUCUAGGAACAGCUCUGGCCGUUCCAAGGUACUGCUACCUCUGGGCAUGUUUAUUCUUGCCCUCAUUUACAACGUUAUCCAUUCCGUCGCGUUGUAUUACCAAGUCAUCACCCUCAACGUCGCUGUCAACUCCUAUUCCAAUGCCCUUCUGACUCUCAUGAUCUCCAACCAAUUUGUUGAGAUCAAGAGCACAGUCUUCAAGCGAUUUGAGAAGGACAACCUGUUCCAGCUAACGUGUGCGGACAUUGUCGAGCGCUUCCAACUUUGGAUCAUGCUUUUCAUCAUUGGCAUGCGCAACAUUGUGGAGGUGGGCGGACUUUCUGUACCUGGGGCCGGGUCUGAGAACAGUGAUCUGGGAGGCUCAGGGGCCAUGCCUCUUCACAGUCCAUCAAUCCUGCCGUUCAGCUUCACGAUCCUCCCAUCAUGGGUCUGGUCAGGCGAGGUCCUCUCCCCAUUUCUCAUCGUGAUCGGCAGUGAGAUGCUGGUUGAUACGAUCAAGCAUGCUUACGUGAACAAAUUCAACAACAUCAAACCGACUUUCUACAGCCGUAUUCUAGAUAUCUUGUGCAAGGACUACUAUACCAACGCCUUUGUUUCGCCCUCAUUAACGCGCAGGCUUGGUCUGGCCGUCAUCCCGUUGUCCUGCUUGUUCAUCCGAGCUUCGGUCCAAACCUACCACAUGUUUUUGUCGACGCGGAUUCCCACUCCGAUCCCGGAGUCUACCCAGACAUCCCUGUCUGUCGAGUCCGCAACCCCAUCAUCACCGGUGAUGGUUGCAGCGCUCGAUCGCCUGGAUACUUUGUUGCGGGACGCCUUGGGCCGGGCCGUGUAUGGCUACCCGUAUGGCGAGCCUAGCGUCCAGAGCAGAGCGUGGUGGACCUGGACCAGCGACGAUGUAAUUGCGGCGGUGACCAUGAUCGUUGUCUUCUUCAUCGCCUUUCUGGUCCUGCUCAUCAUCAAGCUGCUACUCGGCAUGGUUCUGCUGCGGUAUUCGCGAAAUAGGUACGCCAGGAUGAAGCGUAAGGAGCACAUGGUUGCGACCGGCCAAGAGGAACGCGAUAUUUACGAUGCCACGGGCAAGAGAGUCGGCGGCUAUGGCCAGAUCGAGGUCACCGACGACCGGCGCAGGUGGAUUCACGCAGAUGAAAAGGAGGGCUUAAAGGGCGGCAAGGGACGGGCCCCGAAGGGGGAAAAGCCGCAAGACGGGGACUACCACGGAGUUCAGCGGUACGAAAUGAUUGCAAAAAGGAUUUGGUGA